AUUGUAGAUAACAUGUAUUAUUCAAGUCAUUCGCUGUUGGCGCUCAUACCGUACACGCGAUCGCGGUACCUUCACGAUGGCGAAUUUAGCGUUAAAAAAUACUACGCUUUUUACCAAAGUGGCAAAAUGUGUGAACGAUUGUACAAUAAGGUUUUCCUCCCAUUUCAUUUACUUUCCAGACAUUACAAAACCCGUUGAAGGAGAAACAACCAAAAUGAACAUGAUGCAAGCCAUUAAUAAUGCAAUGGACCUGACUCUCAAGAAUGACCCAACAGCUGUGCUGUUUGGGGAGGAUGUCGGCUUUGGGGGAGUGUUCCGAUGUACUUUGGGACUGCAGGAGAAAUACGGCAAAGACAGAGUAUUCAAUACUCCGCUAUGUGAGCAAGGAAUCGCUGGGUUCGGCAUCGGUUUAGCCACCGCUGGGGCCACCGCCAUAGCCGAGAUACAGUUCGCCGAUUAUAUUUUCCCUGCUUUUGAUCAGAUAGUGAACGAAGCAGCGAAAGCCCGCUACCGCUCGGGCGCUGAGUUCAGCAGCGGCGCGCUGACGCUGCGCGCGGCGGCCGGUGCGGUGGGUCACGGCGGGCUCUACCACUCGCAGAGUGUCGAGGCUUUCUUCGCCCAUGUGCCGGGACUUAGGGUGGUAGUCCCCAGAGGUCCUAUUUCUGCCAAAGGUCUCCUCCUGUCCUGCAUUCGAGAGAAAGAUCCCUGCAUUUUCUUAGAACCCAAGAUUUUGUACCGAUCUGCUACUGAAGACGUCCCCAUUGAGGAUUACACAUUACCCCUUGGGAAGGCACAAGUUUUGAGAGAAGGUGACGCGGCGACCCUCAUAGGCUGGGGCACACAGAUACACGUGCUACUAGAAGUGGCGCAAAUGGCCGAAGAAAAACUUGGAAUCAAAUGUGACGUCAUUGAUUUGCAAUCCAUACUGCCUUGGGAUGAAGAAACUGUAUGCAAUUCUGUGAAAAAAACCGGUCGCUGUCUAGUGUCGCACGAGGCUCCGCUCACGUCGGGCUUCGGCGCCGAACUCGCUGCUACCAUACAGGAGGAGUGUUUCCUGCAUUUAGAAGCGGCCGUGUCCCGAGUGACGGGCUGGGACUCCCCCUUCCCGCACGUGUUCGAGCCCUUCUACAUCCCCAACAAAUGGCGUUGCUACCAGGCUCUCACUGAACUUAUGGAAUAUUAAAAACACGCCUGGCGUUAUCUGUAACACCUAAAGAUUCAUAAUUGUGAUGACACGCCAUGCGUAUAUUCUUGCCCUAGGUGUGUAACCCAUAGCAAGAAAACACGCAUAGCGUGUCGUUGUACAAAUUCAUUGGUGUGGUGACCCCUGAAAAUAUAGUGAGAAAGUGUUAGGUGUAUUUUGUAAUGGGGUCGAUGUAAUUUUAUAUUGGUAUGUUAAUGAGCGAAUCGUUUAAGGCUUGUGUUAAUAAAUUUUAUUCAGAAUA